CGUCUUGUACAUACACUCCCCAGAGCCCACAUCGCAACCAUGUCCACCCCCGAGGCCAUCAACGCCGAAAUCGCAACGCAGACAGAGCUCUUUAACAAGCUGCGCCUCGAAAACGCGGAGCCUGCCGCGCUCGAGGAGACCCGCAAGAAGCUGGGCGAGCUUAAGAAGUCGCUCGCCCUGCUCAAGAACGCCGCCGGCGGGAGCAAGGACGCGGGAAAGAAGAAGGAGCGGCUGCUCCUGAAGACGCCCAAGGGAACGCGCGACUACGGCCCGGGAGAGAUGUUCUGCCGCGAGCACGUCCAGCGCAUCGUGCGCGAGUGCUUCGUGCUGUACGGCGGCUGCGAGCUCGACACGCCCGUGUUCGAGCGCAAGGACAUCCUCGCGGGCAAGUACGGCGAGGACGCGAAGCUCAUCUUCGAUCUCGAGGACCAGGGCGGGGAGCAGCUCGCGCUGCGCUACGACCACACCGUGCCGCUCGCGCGGUACCUGGCCAUGGGUGGCGCGACGAACACGCAGUCGAAGCUGUUUCAGGUCGGCAAGGUGUACCGUCGAGAUAACCCUGUCAUGUCGAAGGGGCGGAUGAGGGAGUUCUCUCAGGCGGACUUUGACAUCUCUGGACAGUGGGACUCGAUGAUACCCGAUGCCGAGGUGAUCAGCCUGCUAUGCACCCUUCUCUCGAGACUUGACGUCGGCGAAUUUACGAUCAAGCUCAACCAUCGAAAAAUCCUCGACGGCAUCUUUGAAGUCUGCGGUGUUCCACCAGAAAAGAUUCGCCCGAUCUCCUCGGCAGUGGAUAAGCUAGACAAGCUUCCUUGGGCGGAAGUCAAGAAAGAAAUGACGGAGGAGAAGGGUUUGGACCCGGCCUCUGCAGACAAGAUCGGAGAGUACGUUAAACACAAAGGUGGACGGGCGCUCCUGGACCAGCUGUUUGCGGACACAACAUUGACGGCCAACGCGAGCGCGAAGCAGGGCCUCGACGAGAUGGCGACCCUCUUCACGUUCCUCGACAUCUACAAAGUAUCCGACAAGAUUUCGUUCGACCUAUCCCUCGCGCGCGGACUCGACUACUACACCGGUAUCAUCUACGAGGCCAUUGUCGAAGCCUCCGCCCCACCGGGUUUCAAAACCCCCGACGCGACCGCGACCGCAGAGCCCAGCCCUCCCGCGCCUGCCGCGCCCCCAAAAAAGAAAAUCAAAAAGCCGACGCCGGCGGCCGCUGACGGCGAGGAUGAGGAGAUCGACGAGUCGCAGGUCGGCGUCGGGUCGAUUGCGGCCGGGGGGCGGUACGACAACCUGGUGGGAAUGUUCACGAGCGCCGCGGCGGGGGAGAGCAAAAAGGGGAUGCCGUGCGUGGGCGUGAGCAUCGGGCUGGACCGCAUCUUCGCGAUCGUGUGGCCCAGGUGGAUCGAGCGCGGGAUGCGGAGCAAGGAGGUGAUGGCGUACGUGAUGGCGGCGGGCGACGGGCUGAUCAAGGAGCGCAUGGAGCUCGUGCAGGAGCUGCGCGAGGCGGGGAUCUGGACGGACUUUUUGGCGAAGAACAAGCCGAAGCUGCCGGCGCAGUUUGCGGCGGGCGAGCGGGAUGAGGUGCCGUUUGCGAUCAUCCUCGGCGGGGACGAGAUCAAGGCGGGGCUCGUCACCGUCAAGCAACAGCGGUGGGAGAUCGUGGAGGGCAAGAAGGCGAAGGUCGAGUCGGCGGACAAGGGCACACAGAUGCGGCGGAGCGAGCUCGUGCAGUGGCUCAAGGAGUCCCAGACGUUUAAGGAGUGGUCGAACGGGAGGUUGAUCUAA